AUGCAGGCGACAAUCGUCGCCCGCAACGCAGCUGUCAGUGCUUGUGAAAAGGGCUCACAUUGGCAGGGCGCCCUACAGCUUCUCCGGGAGGCAGAAGAGGGAACGCUCCAAGCAAACGCGAUCACCUAUAACUCUGCUUGCAGUGCGCUGGAGAAGGCUCGGCGAUGGCAGCAAGCUUUGCAGCUCUUGGCCCAGCUACGGCAGCGCGGGCUUGAGGCCACGCUGAUCAGCUACUGCGCGGCCAUCGGCGCGUGCGCCCGGGGUGAGAACUGGCAAGGCGCCAUCGAGCUGCUUCUUGAGCUUCGCGACGAGGCGGAGGUGCUGGGGGAUGACACCACGGCCUUCGUGUCAGCCAUCGGGGCUUGCGAGCAGCGUCAGCUCCACCAAGAGGCUCAGAGGACGAUGGCGCUGCUCGAAGGGGGUGCGAAGCUGAACAGUUGUUUAGCAGCCUGCCUUCGCCCUUCGACCUUGAAGAGCAUCUUUUCCAGCACCACAUUUGUGGCACCUGUGCUUGCCCGACAGAUGAAGUGUGGGCCGACCUACCUCGGGGGCAAGAGCAUCGAGGAUCCGGAGCUCAAGAAGAAGAAGCUCAACGCUGAGCUCGCAAAUGGCCGCCUGGCCAUGAUGGCGAUCAUUGGUAUGUUCUUUCAGGAUGGCUUGACCGGCUCCGCCUGGGGCGACUGGGCAAACUACACGGAUUCCCCUCUUCGGGCCUUCGAGAACGAGCUGGGGGUGCAGGCUCCCCUGGGCUACUUCGACCCGUUGGGCCUGUCGAAGGAUGGCGACGUGGAGACCUUCCGCCGCCGCCGAGAGUCUGAGCUGAAGAACGGCCGCGUGGCCAUGUUUGCCACGAUUGGCUACAUGGUUCCCGAGUACUUCAAGUUUCCGGGCUACCUGGCGCCUUCUGCAAAUCUGAAAUUUGCCGACGUGCCGAAUGGUUUGGCGGCCAUCACCAAGGUGCCCGCUGAGGGCUGGUUGCAGUGGGUUGCCUUGUGCGGCUGCUAUGAGUGGGUGGUCAACGAGCCGGUGGACCCGGCGGAGCCCGGAAACUACGGCAAGGGCAAGCUCGGCUACGGAAACAUGGUGCUGGGCAUCACCGCCGAGUCCAUCUCGGAUGCCGAUGCGCGCAAGCGCGGUCUGAACUCGGAGUUGGCGAACGGCCGCCUCGCAAUGAUGGCGAUCGUGGGGCUCUGGGUCCAGGACGGUCUCUUCGGCACCCCUUACGGCCUCUACACCGGCUCCUCAGCCUUCGAGAACGAGUUGGGCGUCCAGGCUCCUCUGGGAUACUUCGAUCCCCUGGGCCUCUCAAAGGACGGUGAUGUCGAGACCUUCCGCCGCCGUCGUGAGUCGGAGAUCAAGAACGGCCGCGUGGCCAUGUUUGCGACGAUGGGCUACAUGGUGCCUGAGUACUUCAAAUUUCCGGGCUACCUUGCGCCGUCCGCCAACCUCAAGUUUGCUGACGUGCCCAAUGGCCUGGCAGCCAUCACCAAGGUCCCUGCCGAGGGCUGGCUGCAGUGGGUGGCUCUGUGCGGCUGCUACGAGUGGGUCGUCAACGAGCCUGUGGACCCCGCGGAGCCUGGAAACUACGGCAAGGGCAAGCUCGGAUACGGCAACAUGGUGCUGGGAAUCACCGCCGAGAGCAUUAGCGAUCCCGAGUCGCGCAAGCGAGGGCUGAACUCGGAGCUUGCCAACGGCCGACUGGCGAUGAUGGCUAUCGUGGGUCUGUGGGUGCAGGACGGUCUCUUCGGCACGCCUUAUGGCCUCUACCAGGGAUCGAGCGCCUUUGAGACGGAGCUUGGCGUGCAGCCUCCUGCUGGAUUUUGGGAUCCUCUCGGCUUCACGAAAGGCGGUGAUGCUGCAUCCUUCCGCCGCCGCCGCUAUGUGGAGCUGAAGCACGGCCGUGUGGCGAUGCUGGCUUGCAUGGGAUACAUCGUGCCGGAGUACUACCGCUGGCCCGGUGAUCUCUCGCCGUCCCUGGGCCUGAAGUUCACGGACGUCCCCACCGGCUUCGCUGCCUUCAGCAAGGUGCCGCUUUCUGGCUGGGCACAGAUGGUGGCCUUCGCCGGAUCCGUCGAGCUCUUCCAGUACGUCGAUGAUCCCAAGCGUGCCCCGGGCGACUUCGAGAACGCCGGCCUCCUGGGCAUCCCAAACGGCUUCAUGAAGGCACCGGAGGGCCAGAAGGAGAAGAAGCUAGCGGCAGAAAUUGCCAACGGACGCCUGGCGAUGAUGGCAAUCAUCGGCAUGUUCUUCCAGAACGGCCUCACCGGCCAGGCUUGGGGUGACUGGUCCCUGUACACCGACUCCCCUCUCCGUGCCUUCGAGACUGAGCUGGGCGUGCAGCCUCCUGCUGGAUUUUGGGAUCCGCUCGGCUUCACGAAAGGCGGUGAUGCCGCAUCCUUCCGCCGCCGCCGCUAUGUGGAAUUGAAGCACGGCCGUGUGGCCAUGCUGGCUUGCAUGGGAUACAUCGUGCCGGAGUAUUACCGCUGGCCUGGUGAUCUCUCGCCUUCCUUGGGCUUGAAGUUCACGGAUGUGCCCACCGGCUUCGCUGCUUUCAGCAAGGUGCCUCUCUCUGGCUGGGCCCAGAUGGUGGCUUUCGCUGGAUCCGUCGAGCUCUUCCAGUAUGUUGAUGAUCCCAAGAGGGCUCCGGGCGACUUCGAGAAUGCUGGACUUCUGGGCAUCCCCAAUGGCUUCAUGAAGGCACCCGAGGGCCAGAAGGAGAAGAAGCUAGCGGCAGAAAUUGCCAACGGACGCCUGGCGAUGAUGGCAAUCAUCGGCAUGUUCUUCCAGAACGGCCUCACCGGCCAGGCUUGGGGCGACUGGUCUCUCUACACGGACUCGCCUCUGCGUGCCCUCACCGCGGCUCAGGAGCUGAUCGCCGGCACCGGCGGCCCUCUGCCCAACGACUUCUGGGAUCCGGCCGGACUCUCCACUCGAGUCUCGGAGAAGGAGCUCCUGAACUACCGCGCCAUGGAGCUGAAGCAUGGCCGUGUGGCCAUGCUGGCCGUGCUGCACUGGUUCCACGUGGCCGCCGGCUACCACCUUCUCGGAGACUACGCGAUUGGUGAGAAGAUGAGCAACGACCCGCUGGUGAGCCUCACCCAGCUCCCGAUGGGCGGCAUGUGGCAGGUCAUCUUUACCAUCAUGUGCCUGGAGUGGCUGACCACCUACAUCUGCAAGCCCCCUGAGGACCGCCCUUGGGACGUGCUCGGAUGGAAGGGCAUCAUCGACGAGGACUACCCUUCCGAGAUCUGGAACGGCUGGAAGCGCGUUCAGUGCCAGGAAGUGAACAACGGCCGUCUGGCCAUGAUGGCCAUCACCGGCCUGAUCGCGCAG